ACUACAUCUUUUUAUUAUUACAAUUUACAACAAAGCUCCUCUCUCUCUCUCUCAAAGUCUUUCACUUGCAAAACAGCAAGUCAAUUCUGAACUUUUGUUCUUGAUUUCUUUAGCUGAGUUUUGAUUUAGAAUUUGAAAUCAGAAAAAUAUAAAUUAAGGAUUAGAAUUAUGACAACUAAGGUAGAAAACUUGAUGGGUCUGCUGAGAAUUCAUGUUCACAAAGGAGUGAAUCUUGCUGUUAGAGAUGUUGUCUCCAGUGACCCUUAUGUUGUUUUCAAGUCUGGCAAACAGAAACUGAAGACUCGUGUGGUGAAGAAUAAUGUGAAUCCUGAGUGGAAUGAAGACUUAACUCUGUCAGUCACUAAUCCAAAUAUUCCAGUCAAGCUUACAGUUUACGACAGAGACACAUUCAGCCUUGAUGACAAAAUGGGAGAUGCAGAGUUCGAAAUCCGUCCAUUCUUGGAAGCUCUGAGGAUGCAGCUCGAAAGCCUACCUAACGGGACCAUCAUAACAAGGAUUCAACCGAGCAGAGAGAAUUGCCUAGCUGAAGAGAGCCACAUUGUGUGGGUGAACGGCAAGGUUGUUCAGAACUUAUUUCUGAGACUGCGAAACGUGGAGUGUGGCGAAAUAGAACUGCAAUUACAGUGGAUUGAUAUUCCAGGUUCCAGAGGUCUGUAGAUGGUUAUUACAUCAAUUUCUGCCUCAUUAUUCUGGACAAUGUACAUAUAGCAUUCAAGAGUGUUGUAAGUUAGACCUAUUUCUGUUAGGGGGGCGUUUGGUUGGUUGAAAAACAAUUAUGAACUGCUUAUUAUUUCUUAUUUUUCUUCAAAGUGUGACAUAUUUGGAUUUCAUUAAUUAAUAGUAAAAAUAGAUAUUUGAUUUUUGAAA